UGAAAGCGAUAAUCAGGGUUGAAGUGCAUGUAAAGUAGGUCAUUCUGCUUCGUCGAGCACAAAUUAUAUGAUCCUACUUAGCAGCAUUCUCUUCUGUGUUUAAGUUAAUCAUGACAACAUUAAGCAUGCUUAAAAAUGCAUUUAGGAGCAGGAAAGGGUGCAGCGUCGCAUCUCUCUACAGGAUGUCCUGCAUUAAGUCUCAAACAAUUGCUGCUGCUCAGAAAACAUACUUCACAAAAGUGCAAGGGCUGCCAAACAUCACACCACUGGUAAGUUCAGUAAAGGAGACACCUGAGCCCAUCCCAACCACAGUUACAGGCACCAUCCCAACCUGGAUACAUGGCAGUCUGCUGCGAAAUGGACCUGGAAAGUUUGAGUUUGGAAAUCAGAGCUAUAACCACUGGUUUGAUGGCAUGGCCUUGAUGCAUCGCUUUCAGAUAGAGGACGGACAGGUGACAUACAGAAGCCGUUUUUUACAAAGUGACUCAUACAAGAAGUGCAGCGAGAGAAACCGCAUCAUGGUGUCUGAGUUCGGCACUGUGGCUCUACCUGAUCCCUGCAAGAACAUAUUUCAGCGCUUCCUCUCCAGAUUUGAGGUGUUAAAGCCAACAGAUAAUGCCAGCGUCAACUUUGUUAAGUACAAGGGGGACUAUUAUGUGAGCACUGAGACAAACUACAUGCACAGAGUGGAUCCAGAAACUUUGGAGUCCAAACAGAAGGUGGACUGGAGCAAUUUUGUAGCAGUGAACGGUGCCACCGCUCAUCCACACUUUGAUCCAGACGGCACAGCUUACAACAUGGGCAACUCCUACAGAAACAAAGGUGCUAUGUACAACAUCAUCAGAGUCUCUCCAGAAAGAGACGGCCCCAAGGAUACGCUAGAGGGAGCCAAAAUAUUAUGCUCUAUCGCCCCCCGUGACAAAUCCAAACCCUCUUAUUACCACAGCUUUGGCAUGUCAGAGAACUACGUAGUGUUCAUCGAGCAGCCUAUUAUAAUGGAUCUGUUUAAGAUAAUAACCGGCAGACUAUGGGGCAACUCAAUAAAUCGGGGUAUUUACUGGGACCCCAACCAGGAAACCAUUUUUCACCUUAUUGACAAACAAACUGGAAAGGAGAUGCCAGUAAAGUACUACACCAAGGCCCUGUCCACCUUUCAUCAGAUCAAUGCGUUUGAACAGGACGGUUUCCUCAUGUUAGACAUGUGCUGCUCUGAUGAUGGAGAGGCCAUAAAUAACUUCCUGAUCCAGAACAUGCGCCAGUCAGGAGAGGCUCUGGAUGAGAUGUAUAACACAAUGAGUCGGCCACUGCCCCGUCGCUUUGUGCUGCCACUCCACAUCAGCAGUGAAACACCUCUUGAACAGAAUCUCAACACUCGUCUUGACAGCACCGCCACUGCCGUCUGCCGCACUAAAACUCAGGUGUUUUGCACGUUUGAAGAUCUUCAUGGUGAAGACCUGAAAGACUACGGUGGUUUGGAGUUUCCUCAUAUUAACUACGCCAAAUAUAACACCAAACCUUACAGAUACUACUAUGGUUGUGGCUUCCGUCACAUAGUGGGCGACUCCUUAAUAAAGAUGGAUCUGGAAACCAAAAAGUUAAAGAUCUGGCGCCAGCCCGACCUCUACCCUUCAGAGCCGGUCUUCAUUCCUUCACCUAAUGCUGAGGAUGAAGAUGAUGGAGUCAUUCUGUCUGUCAUCAUCACUCCAGUUAAAGAUAAGAGUACAUUUCUCUUAGUUCUAGAUGCCAAAACUUUUGAAGAGCUAGGAAGAGCUGAAGUGCCUGUCAACAUUCCUUAUGGAUUCCACGGUGUCUUUAACUCCAGUGUAUGAAGCUCUUGGGAUUCACUCCAACAAAACACAAACAAACCACAAGUAGCUCUUUAAAAUGCUUAACCUACAGUACCACUUAUCAAGGCACUUACUGAACAAUAUUUCUAUGAAAUCAACCUAAAGAGAUUCUCAUAUACUGUAUGUGUAUAUAUAAAAACAACACACACACACACUUUACAAAUGCAGUUAGUUCUCUGUGAGAAACUGAACCAUUUAAAACCAUUGCCAAAAAAAGCCUGGUCCAGAUUUUGUGACCUUUGAUAUAUGCUUCAACACAGUCCAGUCACGUUUAUUUCUAUAGCACUUCAUGCCAUACAGACUGAAUCAAUUCAGAGAUUAACAGGAAAACUACUGAAUGUAGUUCACUAUCAAUAAGAGAGAGAGCUUUAAACAGAUUUAUUUUUGGCGUCCUUGUUAUACGUUCCAUUUACUCACUAUAGUAAAUACCUUUUUUCAGAAUUACAUGCAACUAGACCUAAACAUGGGCGAAGCAGUAGGUAGUGCUGUCGCCUCACAGCAAAAAGGUUGCUGGGUCGA